AUGGUAUUGCACUUUUACUCUGGUUACAGCAGUUCUAUGGAACCAACGUGUGGAUUGCAAAAGGUGUUCACUAGCGACCCAACAACACGGAAGAUCAUUAUCGAUAAUAACAUCAACUGUUAUACUCAGGAUGUCUGCUAUGCGCAGCCAGAGCUCAUUGACAGGCUAGAAAUUACUACAGUCCCAGUAAUAGUCGGUGUAUAUAGAGGUCGAAAGGUGGCAGAGGUUAAUAGCGACAACGUGACGUCAUGUGGGUCCGAGUUGUGCAGGAAGCUGGUGGAGGCAUCGUCAUCGACUUCCCCUGACUCCCGCAUUUCAGAUGAAAAAGAGCUCGAAGAGCGCAUUAAUGCGCUAGUCAGCGAUAAAUCAUGUGAAGAGGCGCAUCGUGCACUGGACGAGUUUGCAAACGCUCACAUACAACGACUUGAAGUGGACGACAUUCUGCGGCAGCUGCUCGCACGAGCGCGGCUGCAAUUGUACCACUCUAAUUUUAACCGUUCAGCUGGGAAUGGCGUGAGGUUGUCAGUGGAUAUACUGCGCGACCAGUUGAAAGAGAUAGAGCAGCUGAUUUCUGAUCUAAGGAAAACUCAUGUGGAAGACCUAAUCGCAUCAUUUCCUUCAGAUGGGCGCGUUAAUCCGCAGCCCUACGGAGGCGGCAAAACUAACAUGGCAGUUGGAAGCCAUUGUAGUGGAAUCAAGGUUGCGUACAUAAUGCCGCACAGGGACGCACAGGACACCAACAACCAUUGCAAUGACAGUGGCACUAUGGCUGAAAAACGGCUAGAAGGCUUCCUCGCCGAAUGCUCGUUCUCCGAUAUCGUAAACAAGAGCAUGUUUCAAGAUGUUACUUUAGCACAAUUAAUUAAGGUGGAACUGCUAAAACGGAUUAGUAUCGUUCUGUUUCUCGACGGAAACGUGGACGUUGCCAUGGAAGAGGCAGUGCGAGCGUACGAAGAACUCGUGAAGAUACUGAAAAGCGAUUCCAUUCCAGUGCAGGUGUUCGAAAGUCAUGAAAUCGGGUCAGUAAUUGAAUGUAUGCUUUCUGCAUUGCCGUGGAGACACCCAGCAGUGCUAGGCGCUAGAGCUGCUCUCGAGACGAUGGACGGGCCUCGAUUGCUGAAUCGCAUGCGCCAGAGCAACAGGCCAUUGGGUGGGCCCGUUUCAAAGCGUAGGGGCUUUGGUGGGCGCUAUGUGUGGCAUGGUCCAGACUACCGACCCAAGAAGUACCGACCACGCGACCCUGAGCAAUACCUCAAUGAGUGGCGCUAUCAGGCUGACAGUAACCUGCCGACAUUCUGA